UGCUCUCGAUUGAGGUGGCCUUUACCUCAGCGGCAGCCACGGCCGCCCGGCCUGGUGCAGCAGCCGGGAAGGGGCCGCCCUGGCGCCGUCCCGCCGCCUCACCGAGCUGCCCGGGAAGGGGGAAGACGCGGGUGCCAUUCCCCAUGCUGCGGUGGCUGAUCGGCGGCGGCCGGGAGCCGCAAGGCCUGGCAGAGAAAUCAUCUGUACAGACAAUUGGUGAAGAACAAAUACAGAAUCCUUACACGGAGCUCCUUGUUUUGAAAGGUCAUCAGGAUAUAGUACGAUUUCUAGUGCAAAUAGAUGACUACAGAUUUGCAUCUGCAGGAGAUGAUGGAGUUGUAUUUCUGUGGAAUGCUCAGACUGGAGAAAAACUUUUUGAACUUCGUGGACAUGCACACAAGAUUACAGCUAUUACAUCAUUUUCUUCAUCAGAUGAUUCUGAAGAAAAAAAAUAUUUUAUUUUAACAGCAUCAGCUGAUAGAACAGUUAUUGUUUGGGACUGCACUAAUGGCAGACUAGUUCAGAAAGUGUCAUGUUUCCAUUCUACUGUAAAGUGUUUGACAGUUCUUCAAAGCCUGGAUGUAUGGUUGUCUGGAGGGAGUGAUCUAUGUGUUUGGAACCGAAAAUUAGAUCUCUUGUGUAAGACCAGUCAUCUUACUGAUGCAGGUAUCAGUGCUUUGGUUGAAUUGCCUAAAAGUUGUGUUGCAGCAGCAGUAGGCAAAGAACUAUUAAUUUUUAGGUUGGUUCCUUCUGAUGAUGGGUCUGAAGGUUGGAAUGUGUUUGAAGUAAAACGCCUUGUCGACCACCAGGACAACAUCUUGUCUUUAGUCAGUGUCAAUGACUUGACUUUUGUGACAGGUUCUCAUGUGGGUGAACUAAUAGUUUGGGAUGCACUUGACUGGACAAAGCAGGCAUCUGAGUGCAACUUCUGGGAUUCCUGUGCCAAUCUAGAUGUACAGCCAGAAAUAAAGUUAUCCCAAAGCCCAAAUGAAACUUCAAUUCAGCACUUAACAUCUGAUGAGGAGUGUGUGUUUGCAGCUAUUGGGAAAGGCAUAUACGUAUAUAAUCUUCAAAUGAAGCGUGUGAUUGCCUGCCAGAGGACUGCUCACGACUCCUCUGUACUGCACAUCGAGAAGCUUCCAAACAGGCAGCUGAUCUCUUGUUCAGAAGAUGGCAGUGUACGCAUUUGGGAGCUUCAAGAAAAGCAGCAGCUGCUGGCUGAGCCAGUUCCAACAGGGUUUUUCAACAUGUGGGGAUUUGGAAGGGCAAACAAGCAGACAACCCAAGCUGCUAAGAAGAUGCAGGAGAACACACCUAUGUAUUUCUUGGAGCUGGUUGGUGAUUUGAUUGGUCAUUCAUCAGCUGUACAGAUGUUUCUGUACUUUGGUGAACUGGGACUGGCUACAUGCUCUGCUGAUCACCUGAUUAUUUUGUGGAAGGAUGGUGAACGAGAAUCCAGACUCCGCAGCUUAACACUCUUUCAAAAAUUGGCACAAAAUGGUGAUGUGCAGCUGAAGUUUUAAGUUGGUCAAAUACAGGCUUUGUAUGUAUAAGCUGAAUGCGUGUUAAAUGGGAGUGUAAAGGGAAGUCUGAGCUACUGGGAAAGUGACUGUCAAUAAGGUUUACACUUAGUGUUAUGGAUUGUAUUGGAUUUUAUGUUAGUUGCUACUGCUCUUCUCGAAGGAGAAUUUUGCAUGUUGAAACUUAUUUGGCUUGUCCUGUUGGCAGAAAUUACGUUCUCUUGAGAGACUAAAGAUAAUGAGGACUCCUUAGAUAGUUUCUGUAUUAUUCGUAAUGUUUAAAAGUAACAUGGGUUUAUGUUAAAAUUAAGAUUUGUGAAAAUUCAUAGAUGUAUCAUAAUCAAAGCAAUUGGGGCCAUUCUGCAGUCUUAAGUGCAGAAAGGAGGCUCCAAAAAAAAUCUGAGUAACUUUUUUUCUUGAAACUAAACUUUAGCCACUGAUGGCUCAUGUUUAUGUAUCUACAAAAAAUCCCAACCAACCAAUUUUUGCAUUGUAAAUUACAAUCCUGUACCAAGAGUAAAAGCAAGAAAAGUAGGUGAUGGUGGUUUGUCAGGUUUUAAUUUUUUGUGACUUAGGGUACUUAGAUACUCCUCCCUUGCAAUAGCUACCAUUUUACUGUGAGUUAACAUGCACCACUGGAGUUUAUACAGCCCCAUUAUGAUGUCUAGCAUAAAGUGUGAUCAGUUUAGCUUUGUCUAUCAUGCAUUUAUCAAAUUAAUUUGUAUCUAAUAAAAAGAACUGGCCUUACUAUGGAUUUUCAGGAUGUAAAGUACUUUAUUAAGCAGUAGCAGCUGAUAUAUUCAAUACUAGCAAAACACUUCUGACACAUAAUAACUAAAUUUUUAGCUGAGAAAACUGCAGAGAAACCUGCACCAAGUUUUUAAGGAUAAAUAGUAUUUUAGCGUUUCAAGUUCUAAGUACACAAUGCUUUUUCCAAAUCUGAGGUAGCAGCAGUAAUCUGCGUGCUAACAAGAGUAGGAAAAACCCCUCAAGCUAAACCAAAAAUCCCAAACCAAAGCAACAAAUACCCAGAAGCAAAAAGAGAAAGAAAAGGCAAAGUUAAGCCCAAAGCUGAUACAAAAAAAUGGGAAGGAAGAUGAGAGGAGGAGUAGGUUACCAUUCAAAAAGAGAAGAGCUAGGGAAGGAGGGAGUCUGGAAACUCAGAGGUUGCAAAGCCAUCUGGAAGAGGGAUGCCACUGUCCUUGGGACUGCUCAGAAGGUCAAGCAGUUAAACAGUUCAGGACUAAGUCUCAUGCACCUUCUUGGUACCAUCUCUUCCCUUUGAAUCAGUGAGAAUUGUUUUCAGUGCAGGAGACAGGACUGUAAUUCCAGACUUCCAGUGGCUGCAGUAGUUAGUUACAAGUAAAGGGCUAAAUCUGUUUGAGUACAGAGGUCAAAAUGACCUAUUUCAAUAUGACUUCAAUUCAAUAUGACUCAUCUUUUAAUUUUUUUGAAUUCAGGAAAUUUAAGUCAGUAUUAAGUCCUGAGCUGCAUGUUCUUAGCUCAGGGUGGCUAUUCUAUAAGCCAGCACAGGAAAGCUGUUUAGAUUGACAUGCCUUUGAGUAUCUUGUGUUAAAAUUGGGGGAAAAAAUAUGUGUUAAACCUUUCUGCCUGUCAGUCUGCAUUGUUUCAGCUUGUUUUUAUCAGCAAUUGUUGCAUUUUUGGCUACCCAAUUACAAGUUGGGGAGAUCAGUUUCUCUUUGGCUCUUUUUUCCCUGUUGCAGGUGAGAAGUAACUGUUUAGUUGUAUGUAAACUGUAUGUUUACACAUUGUUACUGAAACCUUUAUUAUCUCUUGCUAUACCAUGAGAGCAGCUAUUUCAUUAUUUUAUGAGACUGCUUAUAAGUGACUUUAUUUCUUGUGUUUCUUUGGUAAAGAAAAAGAUAUUUAACUGAACAGUUCUAGUCACAAAACUCACUAUGUGUUUUACAGGGAUGUUAAUUCAUCCUUAAAUAGUCCUGCAUACCUGUAUAAAUAUUUAUAUCUGUCAAAAGUGCCAUUGUUCUAAGAUACACUCCAUUGGUAGUAGAUCUCCUAAAGGCCUCUUUCUUUAAAGAUGAACAAGUUGAAAGUAUUGAAAUUGAGUUCCUUGUUUUACAAAUGAACUUGGAGUGUAACAGUGAACACAGUAAGGCUAUACUAGCAUACUCCUGUUAAAUAAGAGUUUGUAACUUACUGUUGGGAGGUGAAGUGAGUAGAAGUAGUGUGAUUAGCUUAGAAGUUUUACUUCCAUCUUGUGUCCUUGUAAAUUUAUUUUUCAGCCUUGCAGUGGCACAGCAUUCUGUAUGUUCACAUUGUGAAACUAGACAUCUUUAUCAGACCUGCCCUUCAAACUUUUAUAACUCUAAGGCAACUGUUUUACAUAUCUGUGCACUACCAAGGGCAUGAAACAAGCAGUUGUAAGUCAGCGUGGGUAGUUCAGAGCCUAGGAGAUUUGACAUAACUGGCAGAUAACAGUCUGUGCUGAAUUUUACUCCUAAAGAGGAAAUAUCUCCACACAAAUUACGUUUUGCUUAGUCUCUGACUGUGGGAAGAAACAUAGGAUUUUCUAACAAAUAUACGGAUUCCAUGGUAACACCUGGACAGCAGAACUGAAGCAGACGUUUAUUUCUUAGUUCCUUCUACCAUUCAUGUUUUCUUUCUUGUGACAGAAGUGUGACAAAAAAUGAAUUGAAAUAUUUUACGUUGAUGUCAUCAAUACAGUGUUGCUGUAUGUAACAAAUUAAAUAAAGAUGACAAAACUUUGAGUCUUGUGAAAUUCUUUUCUCUAAUGCAAGCUGCAAUGGCUCUUCAGUCACCAGAAUAGUUAAAGUACAACCACAGAGAGCUAGUGCUUUCUACAUAAAGGAAUGGUAAAAGCAAACAGUUCUCAGUAUAAAAGACAAAGGUUCAGCUUAUCUGAGUAAAAAUCCACUGAAAAAUGUUGCAAUAGAUAAGAAAGAAUGAAUAAACAUACUUCACCAGAAACACCAUCCUUCAGUUCUUACACAGCA